AAGGAACCUCUUCGGCAGCCUGACGGAAGACAGUGCGCAGAGGGUUGAUAGUCUGCAGACCUGAUGUCCACCGGAGUCCUCGGGCAGAGCUCCGGUACGGUGAGCGCGCGCCCACGGUGCUUGGCAUAAGAUGGACCCCCUCACCUUCGGCGUCAUAGUGGGCAUCGUCGUGAUCUUCUUCGUCAUGGUCCUCUUCAUCACCCUGGAGACCACUUGCAGGCGGCGCAGAAACUAAUCAGAUGAGGAAGACGAUGCUCUAGGAGUGGGGUUUCGCCAGGAAUUGAUUUGACCUCUUCUUCCUCGAUUGGCUGCGGUGAAAACGGCUUCAAUGGCGGUGUGGACGCUCCUGAUCUUUCAUCUCCUCGCGUUCUCGUCCCUGAGAGAGACGCUAGCGCAGCAAUGCGGAUUCAGCAGCCAUGAGAGCCCAAAUCUCCAGGACCAUCAUGGCCAUACCCACCAUCAUCAUCAUCAUGACCAUGACAACCAUCUCUGCGGCGACGACCACCAUCACCUUCACGAGGAGAAGGGAGUGAGGAAGCUGCCAGAGGAGCUCCAGGAAGAAGAAGACCUCAGAUCCAUGGGGUUUAGUUCCUACCACCAUUGGGCCCACGACCAUCCAGAGGUCGGCAGCGGUGGCCUUUCUAAUUUGGGUCUCUGGAUUCGUGCAAUGGGAUGCUCGAUGUUGGUGAGCAUGGCUUCAUUGAUCUGCCUUAUUCUUUUGCCGAUUUUCUUUGCGAAAGGAAAACCAUCGAAGAUCGUGGUCGAUUCUUUGGCUCUAUUCGGGGCUGGAGCAAUGUUGGGAGAUGCUUUCCUCCACCAAUUACCACAUGCCUUCGGUGGCAGUCACAGUUCUCACUCUCACAAUCAUGAUUUGGACCAUGCUCAUGAUAAACUUCACAACCAUGGACAUGUGGAAGGACACGCCCAUUCUCUGAGUGAUCUUCUGGUUGGAAUAUCAAUUCUAUCAGGAAUAGUGUUUUUUUUACUCAUCGAAAAGAUUGUAAGGUAUGUUGAAGGCGCCUCAGGAAAAGAGGGACUGCAUCCCGGUCAUCAUACUCAUCACCACCGACCAAGAGGCAAAAUUACUAAGAAGCAUGAGGAGACCAAUGAUCACCUGGAUCAUGCAUUGGCUGACAAGAGGAAAAGCAAAUCGGAAGCAGCAUCUGAGACGGAAAUAGCGGAUGGAGUGUCCAGUGAAACUACAAAUGAUUCUCAAAACACACUUCAUAAGAGAAGAGGCCCCAUUGAACUCGAUGAAAAUGAGAAGAAAGUGCCAAAUUCUUCAAAAAAUGAUGUCAGUGCAGUUCCUGAUUUGACUGAUGAACAUCUGUCCAAUCAGCCUUCAAACCUAGUAUUUGGGUAUCUCAAUUUAUUCUCUGAUGGUGUGCACAACUUUACAGAUGGAAUGGCUUUAGGAAGUGCCUUCUUACUUCAUGGUUCCGUUGGUGGCUGGUCCCGAACACUCUUUCUGCUUGCACAUGAGCUUCCUCAAGAGGUAGGAGAUUUUGGGAUCUUGGUCAGAUCAGGUUUCAGUGUCUUUGAAGCUUUUUUCAAUUUUUUAUCGGCAUUGGUGGCACUGGCAGGAACUGCACUGGCUUUGACAUUGGGACAAGACCCAGGGCAUUCUUCUUUGAUCGAGGGAUUUACGGCAGGUGGCUUCAUCUAUAUUGCUGUAGCUGGAGUUCUCCCGGAAAUGAAUAGUGGAGAUUCAAGUUUUAGGAGUACAACGACUCAGCUGAUCUCCUUAAUUUUGGGCAUGUCUGUUGCCCUUUGUAUAUCUUUGUACGAGUGAAAUACGUACGCGCUUAUACUGUAGUCAUUUUUAUUGUCACUCCACAGCUUUGUUGUAUUUUCGUUGAAAACCUUGAGUCGCAUGGAUUCACAUUUUCUUUAUGUGAAAAAGAAAAAUUUUAGAGAAUACAUUCAAAGCAGUUGUUCUUGCAUCUUA